AUGGGACUCUCCAAAACGAACAGGAUUAUCAUCCUGUUGGUGAUCGAUACUGCGUUUUUCCUCUUAGAACUAAUCACCGGCUAUGCCGUCCACUCCCUCGCGCUUGUCGCCGAUUCCUUUCACAUGCUUAACGAUGUUCUUUCACUCUGCGUCGGUCUUUGGGCGGUCAAAGUUGCGAAUCGCGAAACAAAUUCUCAGGUGUACACAUUUGGCUGGCAACGGGCGGAAACUCUCGGCGCACUCGUGAAUGGUGUCUUCCUCGUCGCCUUGUGCCUUUCAAUCUUUCUUGAAGCCAUCCAGCGACUGGUCGAGCCUCAGGAAGUUCAGAAUCCAAAGCUUGUCUGCAUCGUCGGCUGCUUUGGACUGGCUUCGAAUCUCCUUGGCCUGGCGCUCUUCCAUGAUCACUCGCAUGGUGGUCAUGGCCAUGGCCACGGGCACGACCAUGGAGCGGGUGUGGAUGGGCACGAUGAGGACGAUGUGGAGCAGGGACACAACCAUGCUCACGAACACGAAGAUGCUGCGCUCUUGGACACGGAUCGCGGGGGCGUGGAUAGCGUCCGGGUGAAGACCGCCAACGGAGCACCCGGCCGCGGAUCUUACGAGAAUGGACCAAAUGGACUACUCCAGUCGACGACGGAACCCAUGUCUCCGUCUCGAAAGCGAUGGACCUCGGAGUCUCAAAGUCGAGGCUCUCGUCGAUACAGUGGCUCUUUGGCCAAUGUGGAGGAUAUUUACGUCCACCCUGCCACUCUUCGUCAGGACAUUAUAGCCGCUAGUCGUGGCACAUUUGACGAGCCGUCGUCUGAUUCGGAUAGUCCCGAUGGGGAAACUCCCACAGAACGAUCGGGCCUGCUACGCCACCGCGACCGGACUAGCAACUACACAGACGAAAAUGGUGUGCCGUUCACCGUUCCGGAGCCAGCUGGCGAAGAAGAUGUUCAUAAGGGUCACAACCACGCUCAGCCCAAGCCAAAGGGUCAGAAAGGUGGUCAUGGUCAUGGCCAUGGCCAUGACUUGAACAUGCGGGGCGUCUUUUUGCAUGUCAUGGGUGAUGCGCUGGGUAACAUUGGUGUCAUUGCCUCUGCUCUAUUCAUCUGGCUGACCGACUACGACUGGCGCUUCUAUGUCGAUCCUGGUAUCUCUCUUAUCAUCACCGUGAUCAUUCUCGCGUCGGCCAUCCCACUCUGCAAGGCAGCCUCGCGCAUCCUUCUCCAGGCUGCACCUCAAGGAAUGAGUGUGGAUCACAUCAAGGAGGACAUUGAACGUCUCCCGGGUGUCAUCGGCACUCAUCAUCUGCAUGUGUGGCAACUCAACGAUACCAAACUUGUUGCUUCGAUUCAUAUCCAGGUGGAUACUGAAAUCAAGGACGAGGGAUCGAAACGCUACAUGCGUCUUGCCCGUCAGGUGCGGCGCUGUCUGCACGCCUAUGGUAUUCACUCCUCUACCAUCCAGCCCGAGUUUGCCCCCGGGGGUGACUCUUUGACCGGACAGCCGUCAUCAUCCCGCGUCGUUCAUGAGGCGCAGAAUCUUUCCAGCCGAGAAGCCAGCAUCCGAGACAGCGAUUCAAACGCCUGCCUCCUGGAAUGCGACGACAACUGCGCACGAAAUGGCCAGUGCUGCCCCCAAAAAUCGACUUGA